GCGCCCGGAGCUGGCAUGCUCCAGGCUGGCGCGGCGGGGCGGGCGCGCAGGGGGCAGAGCGCGGAGGAGAGGGGGGAGCCGGUGGGAGAAGGGGAGGAGCGCCGGGCUCGCCAUCCCCCGGCGCCGGCUCUGCGGCUGCUGAAUCGGAAACCGCAGGGAGGAUCCGGGGAAAUAAAGACGCCCGAGAAUGACCUCCAGCGAGGCUGCCUGAGCCGGGGCCCGCGCGCCGCCGCACCAGCCUCCGGCAUGGGCGACCGGGGCGGGCGGCCCGAGCACUCGGCCACGCACGCUCCGGGGCCCCCCGCCGACACCGGAGCUGCCGCCGUAAACGGGCUGCUGCACAACGGCUUCCAUCCGCCGCCAGUCCAGCCGCUGCUCCUCUGCAGCCGGGGCCCCGCGGGCGGUGGCGACGCGGCACCCCCGCGCCUCCAGCUCUUGCCCGAGCUUCAGCCGCAGCCACCGCCCCCUCAGCACGACUCCCCCGCCAAGAAAUGCCGGCUGCGGAGGAGGAUGGACUCCGGGAGGAAGAACAGGCCGCCCUUCCCGUGGUUUGGGAUGGACAUCGGUGGAACGCUGGUUAAAUUGGUCUACUUUGAGCCAAAGGAUAUUACAGCCGAAGAGGAGCAAGAGGAGGUAGAGAACCUGAAGAGCAUCAGAAAGUAUUUGACUUCUAAUACGGCUUAUGGGAAAACCGGGAUCCGAGACGUCCAUCUAGAACUGAAAAAUCUGACCAUGUGUGGGCGCAAAGGGAACCUGCACUUCAUCCGCUUCCCCAGCUGUGCUAUGCACAGGUUCAUUCAGAUGGGCAGCGAGAAGAACUUCUCCAGCCUCCACACCACGCUCUGUGCCACGGGAGGUGGGGCUUUCAAGUUCGAAAAGGACUUCAGAAUGAUUGCUGACCUGCAGCUCCAUAAACUGGAUGAACUGGACUGUCUGAUUCAGGGCCUGCUUUACGUCGACUCCAUUGGCUUCAAUGGCAAGCCAGAAUGUUACUAUUUUGAAAAUCCCACAAAUCCUGAAUUGUGUCAAAAAAAGCCGUACUGCCUUGAUAACCCAUACCCUAUGUUGCUGGUGAACAUGGGCUCGGGUGUCAGCAUCCUAGCAGUGUACUCCAAGGACAACUAUAAAAGAGUUACAGGGACCAGUCUUGGAGGUGGAACAUUCCUAGGCCUAUGUUGCUUGCUGACUGGUUGUGAGACCUUUGAAGAAGCUCUGGAAAUGGCAGCUAAAGGCGACAGCACCAAUGUUGAUAAGCUGGUGAAGGACAUUUACGGAGGAGACUAUGAACGAUUUGGCCUUCAAGGAUCCGCUGUAGCAUCAAGCUUUGGCAACAUGAUGAGUAAGGAAAAGCGAGAUUCCAUCAGCAAGGAAGACCUCGCCCGAGCCACACUGGUCACCAUCACCAACAACAUUGGCUCCAUUGCUCGGAUGUGUGCGUUGAAUGAGAAUAUUGACAGAGUUGUGUUUGUUGGGAAUUUUCUCAGAAUCAAUAUGAUCUCCAUGAAACUGCUAGCAUAUGCAAUGGAUUUUUGGUCCAAAGGACAGCUAAAAGCUCUGUUUUUGGAACACGAGGGUUAUUUCGGAGCUGUUGGGGCACUGCUGGAACUGUUCAAGAUGACUGAUGACCAGUAGUGAUGACAGUGGAUAGAAGAGCCUUCUGUGAGAACAGAGACCUGAGACCUGUCGCUGGAGAAGGUAGAUGUCGCUAUGGGACGGAAGCCAAGCCAUUAUGGCAGAUGAACCUGCUGGAUUUGUAAAUAAUUUAAAAUCCUUCUAGCUGAUCUUUUACUCUUGGGUUUUGAGCUUAUGAUUCAAAAUGGGGAAUACAAGAGUUUUUUCUGUAUACUGUAUUUUUAAAACACACACACACACACACACACACACACACACACACACACACACACAUUUGUGCAGAGAGGCCAAACCUAUGAAUUUUAUGCAUUAACCUUGAAAAGUUGUAUGAGGUUUAAGAAGGACCCGAAGUGUAAGUGCUGUUUAUUUUUCUUCUGGGGUUUACUGAUCAGUGUGGUAAUUUUAACUUCAUUUAGUAAUUACUCUAGGAGAUCUUACCUUUACUUAUAUUCAUCAUGACGUUUCAUGAUUUGCUGUUGGUUUCAAAUGAAACUACAAAUCUGGCAUGCUUUACUGUGAACACUAUUUUGUUUGUUUGUUUCUUUACCUUUUUUUGUCUUGUUUUUUUCUGUUUCAACGUCUGAUGGAGAAAGAGAGUCCUUCCCCCUGUUUCUGUCAUCAGAUGACUCCCUCUCCUCUCCAAUACCUUUCUUUAAUGUAAUUGUUUGUACCAAUGAAGGGGCUGAUCAGCUCACUAAGAGUGAAGCACGAGAUCGAAAGUGUUCAUGAAUUUUAUGAGUCAGGCAAAAGUUGAAAAUGAUAUACAAUGAAUAUACAGUGUUUUGUUGGAUUUACUUUACGUUAGGUUAUAUUAAAUUGUGUUCUCUGAUGAACUGUCCUCAUUAAUACCCACCAUAUGAGUGGCAGCAAAUCCUUAUGCAGGACAUUGGAACUUCCUGGGUGAGGUCUCCCAGUAGAUUAACCAUUCACAUUGGGAGAUGGGGGAGAAGUCAUGGGUUGACGUGUCAGGUAAUAACACCUAUUUGUUUUGUACACGUAUGUACAUAGGAGCUUUGUAACAAGCCAUCUUAAAUAAUAAUUUUUUGAUUUGAAGUA